AUGCCAAUCACAAAUCCUAUUCGUCGAGUAGCUGUCAUCGGUGCAGGGCCCUCUGGACUUGCUGCAGUCAAAUAUCUACUCGCCGAGAAAUGUUUCGAUGAAAUUAAGGUAUUCGAGCAAAGAAACUCCGUGGGAGGAGUCUGGAAUUACACUCCAAGUUCCUCUAAAAAGGGGAUGUCAAUACCUGUCCCACAUUUAACCCCUCAUGAGCCAGUCGAGAAGCCGAUAUGGAUCGAUCAUACUGAGGGGCGUGAGGCAACAUUCGUGUCUCCGCUAUACGAUAGACUGGAAACCAACAUCCCCAAAGAGUUAAUGCGUUAUUCGGAUCAGGCUUUCCCAUCGGAAUCCCAGCUCUUUCCUAAACACUGGACAGUGAAGCAAUACCUCGAGAAAUAUGCCGAAGAUAUCAAAGGCCUCAUUCAAUUUGAGACACAAGUCUUAGAAGUGAAACUCCAGGAUGAGACCCUAAGCACCUGGAGUCUAACAACAAAGAGUCUUCCAACUGGCAUCGACACAACCCAUACCUAUGAUGCUGUGGUGGUUGCAAGUGGCCAUUUCACGGUCCCUUAUAUACCUGAUAUCUCAGGAAUUCAAGCAUGGGAUGCGUCACACCCCGGUGUGAUAUCUCAUUCCAAGUUUUAUAACUCUCCAGAACCUUUCCAAGGAAAGAAGGUGGUUGUGGUAGGAAGUUCUGCCUCGGGGCUUGACAUUGGUGCCCAGAUCAAUGAAGUAAGCCAAGGCAAACUUUUGGUCUCCCAACAAUCUGAAUCAUACUUGGCUGCACCCCCAAAUGGCGAUACAAUCAUCUGCCCGGAGAUAGUCGAGUUUCUUCCUCCGACAGCCUAUGAGAGAGGUGUAAAAUUUGCGGAUGGUCACAUUGAAGAACACAUUGACGCCAUCGUUUUCUGCACCGGCUAUUUCUAUUCAUAUCCUUUCCUGUCUUCACUCAACCCACCGGCUGUGACCCAUGGCUGGCGAACAAUGAAUGUCUACCAGCAGUUAUUCUACAUAGACCACCCCACUCUGGUCUUCCCCGUGCUUUCGCAGCGGGUUAUUCCAUUCCCCAUGGCUGAGAACCACGCUGCUCUCUUCUCUCGUGUGUGGUCCGCGCGGCUUACACUUCCACCAAAAGAUGAGAUGAAAGCAUGGGAGGAUUCUGAAAUUGACGCUAAAGGAGAUGGAAAGAAGUUCCACCUGCUUCCGUUUCCCAUGGAUGCUGACUACCUCAAUUUCCUCUACGACUGGGCGGAAAAGGCCGAGCCACGAGCUGGGCUAUCUAACAACGGACAAGGCAAACUUGGUACUUGGUGGGGCGAGGAGGAAAGAUGGAUGCGGGCCAAUUUCCCAGACAUCAGGCGCGCUUUUGUAAAGCGAGGCGACGAGCGGAGCGAGAUCAAGAAUCUAGCAGAGCUUGGUUUCAGCUUUGAAGAGUGGAAGAAGCAACAAGAUGAAAACUGA